AUGACCCGUAGCCAGUCAAGAGGUUUACUGCCGGUCAUCCUCUACCCGCCGAUCCCAGCAAACAACUUCGAGAUCAAGCCAUGCUGGAUUCAGCUCAUCACAUCUUCUAUCCAGUGCCAUGGCUUGAAGAAUGAGGAGGCCAGGGUGCAUCUUUCCCGUUUUCUGCAGCUAACGAACGAGUUCAAGCUGAAUGGUGUCCCCGAUGAUGCGAUCCGCCUUCAUCUUUUCCCCCAUUCUCUGGCGGGGAAUGCUAAGAGGUGGUUGGAGACCCAGCCCCCAUUGUCCAUCACCUCUUGGGACGAUCUGGCUGACAAGUUCGUGCACAGGUACUAUCCGACAUCGAAGACUACAGAGAUUCAGCGGGAGAUCACUCACUUCCGCCAAGAGCCAGAUGAGUCCCUUCGUGAUGCUUGGGAGCGGUACAUGGGCUAUUUCUGGCAGUGCCCCCAUCAUGGCUUCAGCGAUGCAUUCACAGUGGGGAACUUCUACAGUGCCCUCUCUCCAGAUAGCCAGAGGGUGAUUGAGUCUCUAUGCCCAGGAGGGGAUAUUCUCACUAAGACUCCACCCGAGCUGAACCAGAUGAUUAAUACAUUGGCUGCCAGAGAUCAUUCCUGGGGGCAGAGCAGCAGAGGCAGACAUUCCCGGGACCGUGUGUGCACGCCAUGGAGACCAGAUCCGGGCUCGAGCAGCAGGUAG